AUGUCUACCUCGUCUACUCUCCCAUCCUCCUCCCUCGUUGUUGGUGCGAUCACAGAGAAAUUGACACGCACGAACCACGCCAUAUGGAAGGCGCAGGUUCAGUCGGCGGUCCACGGUGCCCAGCUAUACGGUCAUCUGACGGGCGCCGCCAUCAAGCCAGCGGAGCAGAUCGAUGACAAGGACGGCCACAAGGUCCCGAACCCGACGUUCGUGGCGUGGGAUGCAAAGGAUAAUCAAAUCCUGGGCUUCCUCUUCGCCUUGGUGUCCAGGGAAAUCAUGAUUCACAUCGCCAAGUCGAAGACGGCAGCAGAAGCCUGGCGCUGCAUAGAGGCCUUAUUCGCCUCCCAAACGCGCGCCCACGUAGUCAAUCUGCGCAUUGCCCUCUCCACAACCAAGAAAGGUAAUCUAUCUGUUGCUGACUAUUUCACUAAGAUGAAAAGUUAUAGCGACAACAUGGCGGAGGCCGUCCGGUCCAUCACAGAUGAUGAGCUGAAGGUGCAGGUGACCGGAGCAUCAAACAUGUGCCAUCAGUGCCAGAGAAAUGACAAUGGAAGAGUUAUAAGGUGCCUGGGGUGCAAAAUUGUUAAGAGGAGAUACUGUGUGAAGUGCAUCAAGCGCUGGUAUCCACAUUUAUCAGAGCAUGAUUUUGAGGAACAUUGCCCAUUUUGUCGAAAUAUUUGCAACUAUCAGAUGCUUGAGAAGAAGAUUGAGGCCUCAAUUCAAGGGAUUGAUGCAUGCAAAGUGAAGGUUCCUCUAGCUACAAUUAGACACGAUGCACGGAUAUGCUGCAACAACUGCAGGACUUCUAUUGCUGACUUCCACAGAAGCUGUAACAAUUGUUCCUAUGAUCUCUGCCUCAGCUGCAGCCAGGAGCUUCGUGGAGGGCAUGCUCCUGGUGAUGGUGUUAAUAGUGACAAAGCUACUAGUCUAACUGAUCAUGGAGGCAAGGAAGAUUCGCAACAGGGAAGUAGUCAUGGUAAAGUUGCAAGUCAAGAACAAUCUGAUGGACAGAGUGGCAUGCUGAUAGGUAGCGCAGUUUCUGCUGAGGACAACAAUCCUAGAUUGAGAGGGUGGAGGGCAAAUAGCAAUGGAAGCAUACCUUGCCCACCAAAUGCAUUUGGUGGUUGUGGUAGUUCUCUUCUUGAACUUAAGUGCUUGUUUGAAGAGAAGUUUAUUGCUGAGUUACUAGAGAAAUCCAAUUCCGUGAUCAACAAUGGAACAAAGCUGGAGUUGGACAGUUCAAAAUGUUCCUGUUUCACUGAAUCUAGUGACAUGAAUGACAUAACAUCUAGGAAAUCAUCCUGUAGACAGAAUUCCUGUGAUAACUACAUAUAUUGUCCAACUGCUAGAGAUGUUCAAAAUGGAAGUCUAGAUCAUUUCCAGGAGCACUGGUUGAAGGGUCAGCCUGUUAUUGUUGAUGUAAAUAUUCACAUGUUUUUUAAGGGGUAUUCCCGUCGGCUGGUUGGCCCAAUGGGUUUGCCUCUGCUUCUUAAGCUUAAAGAUUGGCCACCACAUAGCUAUAUUGAGGAGCGAUUGCCACGACAUUGUACCGAGUUUAUAUCUGCGUUGCCAUUUCGUGAAUAUGCAGAUCCAAAAUGUGGUCCUCUUAAUCUGACAGUGAAGCUGCCCAAAGAUGUUAAAAGACCAGAUCUUAGUCCAAAGAUUCAUAUUGCUUAUGGAAUUGGCCAAGAGUUGGAAAUUGGUGAUUCUGUUACGAAGAUUCAUUGCAACAUGUCUGAUGCGGACCGAUUUGCCACAAUGCUGCCAUCGCUUCAUGUUACAGAAGGAAUAUGUGCCCAACUUAGUGGCCGAAAAUGCAGUAAACGUUGUGCCUGUAAUUCUUCCAAUGCAAUAGGAAAAAGAAAUAAGAAGACAUGCAAGGGGAAUGAUACAAAACAUAUUGCUAUAUCUCUUGAGUCAGAAGAUGAAGAUCUCCCAUUUGUAGAGGGAAGCAAACCAGAAGGUGGUGCACUGUGGGAUAUUUUCCGACGGGAAGAUGUUGGCAAGCUGCAUGAUUAUCUGAUGAAACAUGCAGAGGAGUUUAGGCAUUGCAAUUAUGAACUGGUGAAGCAGGUUACUCAUGCUAUACAUGAUCAGUGCUUUUAUCUAACACAAGAGCACAAGCAAAAGCUUAAGGAAGAAUAUGGAAUUGAGCCUUGGACAUUCGAACAGCAGCUUGGUGAUGCAGUGUUUGUCCCAGCAGGAUGUCCCCACCAGGUCAGAAAUUUGAAGUCAUGUACACAGGUGGCUCUUGGUUUUGUUUCUCCAGAAAAUUUUCAAGAGUGCAUUAGGUUGAUAGAAGAAUUCCAUCCUUUAGCGAAUGAAGACAAACUAGAGGUUAAGAAGAUAGCUCUUCAUGCACUCAACAAAGCGAUUUGGGAUAUCACUCAAUAUGAUUGGAAGGAUGGGUUAGGACUCGCAUCUCUUUGUAUUGUCUCGAUCUGCUUGCACUUUCUGAUUAUCCCCUGCUCUGAGUACACAAAUAUUGCAUGUAUAAUCAUUUACAUCUGA